CGGGAAAAACUAUAGUAUCAUAUCCGUCACCGCCGAUUUUAACGUUGCUCGUCGUCGUUUUUGGAAUACUAGAAAAUACUGCAUAGAUAAUUUAUUAAUGGGAGCGAAAAAGAAGUUGGACCAAAAGUGUAGACAACUAACUAAUCAAGCUCGUUAUGACUUAGAAAAUUUACUGGGAUUUUUGGCUCAGUAUCCUCUUAAAGUUUUCGGUUCAGCCGGCUUAAGCUUUGUAGUUGGUCAUGGUUUUGGUUACAUAGGAGAAAACAAACAU